UUAUGCAGUAGAUUAAGGUUUUACUGAAUCCUGAAAUGAGUGCAAAUACCCAGAAGCUCUCACACACAGUUAAAUCUCUUCUGGAUGCUCGGCUGGGUGGUGGAAAAGGCAUUUCCCACCCUGUCCUCCCCACGUGUGGGAAGGACAGAGCCCAAAUAUUCACCCCAGCCUGUCUGCUGAGAGCCUGCAGGUAAGAGCAGUGGUGCUGUGGGGUGGAAGGGUGGGAAGAUGUGCUUUGUAAGGGCUAAAACUCCGGGGCAUCCAUGUUUUCCGCUCUGAGAUGUGCUCAAGGUCACUCCCAGUGGCAGAGGGUGUGACACACGGCAUCCCCGGGCCAGGCCGAUGUACCUGUGUGCCUGGAGGGCAUCCCUGCAGCCUUGUGCCACGGCCGGCGGGUGAGGGGAGGGAUGUGCCAGCCCUGACCUGGCACUGCCUCCUGCCCGCGACCCCCGGCAGGUCACGCAAUCAUUUAGGUUGGAAAAGCCUCCAAAAUCAUCGAGUCCAACCAUUGGGCUGGAGGCCCAAAGCAUCCGGAGCUCCCCAUGGACUCACCCCGCAGCCGUGCUGGCAAAUGGGACCCCCGGCAGGGACAAUCAUCCCCGGGCUGUGCCACCCCUCGGGACGGGGCCCUUCCAGCCCGGAGCACGGCCUGGGCUCACCGUGCCGGGCUCUGCAAAGAGCCCACGGGCAGAGCGGGGAUUUUUUACAGCCGUUCCUUCGCCGCAGGACAUUUUCACGCCCCGCCGGUGGCAGGAGGGAGGUUUCCUGCAGCCGAAGGGGGGAGGGUGCUUGUCCCCAGACAAAAGGGCCCUUGUCCCGCAGCGGGGGACAGGAGGGUCGCGGGGCGCGGGCAGGGGCGGCAGCGCUGAUGUGGCAGCGGGCAGGGCCGGGGUUGAGCCGGGGGAUGUGCCCGCGGGAUGAGCCGGCGCUUCCUCGUGUGCCCGGGGGAGCCCCGGCGGCUGCGGGGCCGGGCCGUGACGUGGCAGCUUCCGAGGUGAGUCUGGCUGCACCUUCACCGGGGAACCAGCCCGCAGCUCGCCCUGCUCGCCCCGCCGGCAGCUCCCAGCCCCGCCGCUGGAGACGAUGAUUCUAAGGCAGCAAGGACGCCCAGCUGCGAGUGCAGGCGGGAGCUGCGGGCUCGAGGCCGGGAGAUAGGGACAGGGACGGGCUGGCUCGGUGGUCACUCCCCGUGUCCCUGUCCCAGGUGACCCCGCUGAGCCAUGAACGCCUCGCUGCCCGGCAGCCAGCUGAGACAGCCCGAGCCGCAGGACGUGGCCGCCUUCACCCCCGUCUCCAUCGUCAAGAGCGUGACCAAGAGAUCGGACGCGCUGCCCGUGAUCUCGGUGAUCGUCGCCCUCUUCGUGCUGCUGGCCGUGUUCAUCAUCCUGGUGGUGCACUACGGGCCCCAGCUGCGCACGGUGCAGAUCACCCUGUACCACGAGCCCAUGCCCCAGCACAUGGACAACGGCGUGCUCCUCACGGACUGGAGGCAGCUGGAUUCCCACAGGAAGCUGCCGGGCUGGGAUCUGCCCGGCAUAGACUCGGCUGGCGUGAGCUGCCACUGCUCCUGCAACCAUCACCUUCCCCAUGGGAGUGCUGAGCCCAAUGUCAUCGAGAUCACCUACCUGUGACACGGCCCUGGGCACCUGGGCAGGGCUCAAGGGACAUGUCCCACUGGAAAAGUAGUGGCUGGGAUGUUCGUGUAUCCCGGGACUCAGCGCUGCCCUCACAGGGACCUGCAUCUCCCCAGGAGGUGGCUGGCCCCAGGAAUGCUCAGCCAGGAGCUUCAGUGACCCAUCACCGGCCCCCAACGUCCAGCCCAAGGGUCCCGCCGUCCCCAGGCAGGAGCUGGGUCCCAGCCCGAGCUCAGCCUACGUGGGACAGCUUUAGCAUCUCUUCUGGUUUUACCUGCCCUGGUUUUACCUGUCCCACGCUGCCUGGGAGUGGCCAGCAGAGCUGCCUUGGUCCUUGCCCCAGCUGGGGAGCUCUGGGGCUGUGCUCGGGCCCUUGGCAGCAGCUGGAAGUUGCAUCACCCGGAAUUGUUUUCCAAUGAAAGAUGUUUCCACAUGCAGUGUCCUCAUUACACUGUUGAUACGGCACAGAGAAUUCUCCAGCCGCUCUUUGCCUCAUGCCACAGCCCCUUUUCCCCCGCUGGGGGCUGGAACAUCGUCCUGUCCCUGCCAGCCCCCUCAGCCCCUCUGGCAAACAGCCAGAGGAGGGGAGAGCAGAGGAGGCAGCUCCUGAUUCCGUGUUGGCUGGAGCCAGUGACAGGGGACAACGUGUCCUGUCCCCAGUGGAGGUGGGUGAGAGAAGAGCGGUGACACAGCACAGGCAAGAGAGGUGAUAAUGACACAUCACAGCUGGCUGAACAUCUGGAUGGGUUGGCACCAGAGGGGAAGCUCACGUGACUCUGGGCAGAGCCUGCAGCUCUCUGUGCAAGGGGAUGGGGAGACCUGAGGUCACCCUCACUGUGGCCACCUCUCUGUCCCCAUCCCUGGCUGCUGUCCCAAGGAGCGCUGGUGGCGGUGGCACCUGCACUGGGGUGGUGUUGAGGUGGCACAGAGGGAGCAGGAGAGGUGAAACCUCCUGAGCUCCGCAGGCUCCUGGGGGUGUCAGACCGUGGUCCCUGUCCAGCCCUGGGCUCUCAGCUGCUGGAGGCACUGGGAUCCCUUCAGUCCCAGUUUCUCCUCCCGUGGUGGAAGCAGGACCUCGGUGUGUGCCGUGCCUGGGGCCGGAGCAGCCUCUGGGAUCCCCCACAAGGAUUUAUUCUGAUGGACAGUCCUAGAAUACAGCUCCCACCUCUCCCACUCUGGAAAAGCUGGGUCUGUGUCUGCCCUCAGAUCCCUGGCACAGAUCCCUGUGGGCACAGCCGGACAAGAGAUGGGCUUUACCUGUUCCUCCAGGUUCUGGGGGUAUUCCCAACAUAGCAGAUGCUCCAGGAUCCCUCCUCUCACUUAUUUCCAGCCCCUUUCUUGCUUUAAGGCUGGGUAGUGGUUGGACUUGCUGGAAACCUUUUGUCUCCACAAUAAACAUAAUUUAUAUUA